CCACUGAAUAAACGGCCCACAUAAUAAAAUCUUCUAGAAAUGCUCUUUUCGGAGAGAAAGCAAAGUAAAACCCCCAAAUAGGCAACAAAAGCAUCACCCACCCAUUCUCUCACCGACCUGAGACAACUGAGGAAGAUUUUGAGACGAAAGUUGAGAUGGCAGCCAGGAAUGCUUUCAGAUAUGUUUCUCGUAGGCUCUCAAGCAGUGGCAAGGUGUUAAGCGAGGAGGAAAAAGCUGCUGAAAAUGUCUACAUCAAGAAAAUGGAGAAGGAGAAGCUGGAGAAGCUUGCACGCAAGGGUCCCAAGCCAGAAGAUCAAGCUGCAACUAGCGCUGGUGGCUCAGGGUCAGUAGCUGAUGCUGCACCAAGUGCCCAGUCCUCUUCCACACCCGGGGUGUCAAAUGACAAGUACCGUAACUAUGGCGUUCUAGCUGGACUUGUUACUGGUAUUGGUGCUUUGGGUUGGUACUUGAUGUCAAAGGACAAGAAGACAGAAGAAGUGCAGGAUUGAAGUAUCUCUUGAUAGGCAACUCCUUAAAAGAAAAAAAUAAAUAAAGAAAACUCAUGUUUGGUUAACAGUACCCUCGUCUCUUUUCCUUUUUUAUGGUUUUCCACCGGCUGGAUGUACAAAAUCUCUAGCGCAGAUGUAAAUUUUACAACUGCUUAACUGGAUGAUGUUCUAUGUGUGUUGCUUAAACAUUAUCACAUGUCGCUUUAGAGAUGAAUUUCAAUGUUUUGAUUUGUCACUUUAAAAUGUAGUACACCCUUUACCUGUUUAUACCAUGGAAAGAAUGCAUUUCAAUA